UCACACACGCUCGCGCACACACAAAGUUGCAAGUGCAGUUGCUGUCAAUCAUUCGAGCGGCUGGAGGAACGAGCUGUUGCAGCAGAAGGUGCUUCAGAAUCCAUCGGACUUCAGCACCAUCAACUUCAUCAGAGCAAUUGUUGCUAUGCUUGUAUGUUCUGUUGAUGGACACGACACAAGAAGCAAAAUUAGAAAUGAAGGCUGCCGAUUUGAAAGAAGAAGUGGCUAAGAUCCUCAACGAGGCUCCUGAGUCCAGGAGGCUACUUGUGGAAAACUUCAACAACUUAAGCAAGGUGGCGGACUACUGCUGCCACAACUAUGUCCAGUUGGGGGACGACGCGUCCAAAGCGUUGGAGGAGACCAAGUCGCUGACAGCCCAAUCACUGGCCAGCAUCGCCUACCAGAUUAACACGUUAGCUACAAGCCUGCUAAAUCUGCUGGAUGCGCAGAGCCAGCAGCUUGGUCACAUGAAGUCAGCCAUCAACCUCAUCGGGCAAACGGUGGAGAUGCACCGCGAGAAAGUAUCCCGCAGAGACAUUGGAAUCUUUACGGCGGUACGGCGGGUCCCCCGGGAGCCCAAAAUCUCCACACCUCUUGUGCCACCGCAGCCUCGCCCUCCUUACAGCCGUCGGCCAAUCAGCUAUCAGGAGCUGGACGGCUUGGGUCAUGGCGUAAUGAUGACUGGGAAAGCGGGUGUGGAAGACGGAAGCAUCCGGAAGCAGGGCUCAUUCAUCAGGUCCAGCAAAGCAACAGGACAAGGCCUUAAGUCUGCAGUAGCGCCCUCUGGUGGCAGCUCCACUUUUGGGAAAGCUGUGGCUCCGCCCACCAUCCCUUCCCCACCUGAAAGUGAUGUCAUCACCACGCCUCUUAAGGCUGCCCCACCCCCUCCACCAGAUUCAUCUGAGGUGCUCAUGGCUCCGCCCCCUACGCCAGAUUCCUUCGAAUUUCCCCCGGCUCCGCCCCUUCCGCUGGACUCUGCAGUACUUCUGGCUCCUCCCCCUCCCCCUCCUCCUCCUUCAGAGACUCUACCCACCACUAUUGUUCUCCCCCUGACUCCACCCCCCUGUUUGGAGACAGUGCUGGAGGAGAGCAGCCUCCCCCCGCCGUCUCCUCCACCCCCAGACCUCGACCACGCUUUUCCUCCGCCAUCCAAUGAAGAGCCCGAAGUUCCGGUCCCUCCCCCAACAACCCAGGAAGUAGACGGCGGGGGGGCCGCACGGCCGCCCCCCGCCCGCUCCGUGUCGCUGAGGGUCCGCUCGGGCCCUGCCUCCCGCCGACACGGCCGGAACCUCUUUCCGUCCGCCCGCCUUUCUGUCCGCCCGCCGGCGCUCAUUCCCCCGCCUCCCGCCUAUCCGGCACCUCCUCAGCCUUCCGCCUCUUCUUGGCCUGAGCUGGGCCUGCCUGCUCGUCUGGAGCAUCUUGAUCUGGAGCUGCCGGCCCUCCCGCCACCGCCGCCGCCGCCCCCCAUGGUUUACGAGACGCCAUCUGAGGAACUCAGUGGUGCUCCCCUGCAUUCACUAUAAAAAGUGACAGGCAGAACCCCACUAGAUGGCAACUGUAUGCCCCUGUUGCAAUAUGGCCGCCACAACGACAAUUGGUACGAGGGAGUCUUGGGCCACUGGCAGGGAUUCUUCAAUCAUAUCCGAUCUUCCGGAUGGGCACAAGCUCCGCCCCUGGUGGAAAUAGACUCCGCCUUAUCUGUGACGCUGACAAAAGUCCCCU